AUGUGGAUCAUAGCAGCGGUUUCAGUUCUUUUAACCUUUGCCGGCAGUCCCGCAGAGGCCAAAUUCGUGUUUGAACUUAACGAUGACUUCGAACAGUGCGAACCGGAUGUGCCAUUUCCAGCAUUAAACUUAUCUGGACUGGAGUUUACCAUACUCGAGUACAACACGGUCAUCUCUGGGAAAAUUUCCUUCACGGAGGACUACGAAGCACCUGUUCGGGUAAACUUCCGCUCGAUGCGUUUGGAACGAGGUACCUGGAGGCAAGGUGAUAUCGCCCGCACGGAGAUGAACGUAUGUCCUAAGCUGCUAUCUCCCCUGGAACCUUGGUUCUGCGUUACCCGACAUUUUCAACAGAAAAGGUGCCCUUUCAAGGCCGGGCACGAGGAAAUAUUGCCCAUGAUAGAAGUCGGCGACUUUGGCAUACAGCUACCGCCUUCCUUUGCCGGAGAUUGGAAGUUUUUCAUGGGACUGGAGCUCAAGCGAAAUGGGCGUAAAGUAAAGGAGUGCUUCGCCUUUACGGCUUCGGUAGUUGAAGCUUAG